AUGGCCGCAUACAAAAUAAACCUUAGUGCAUUAAUCUUUCUAAUUUACAUUUUUGUCUUGGAGAAUGUAGUCUUAAGUGAAUAUCGAACAUUAAAUGGAACUAAUAAUGAUAAAGAUAAUUUGGGUGUGAUAAAUAUGCCAUUUGUACGACAACAAGUACCUCUGGACUUCUUUCAAGAUAAUGCCGGAACUAUGAUAUCAACUCCAGGAAAUUAUACUACUCUUGCAACGGCUGCAAGUUGUACUGAUAGGUUACCACCUGGUAUCCUUCCUUUACCUAGAUGCGUCAGUAACAUUCUUCAUUCAUAUCGAUUACAAACGAGUGAUGCUUUUAAUUUGACGCACUUGCAAAAAUUCAAAUCAAAAAGAAGUACCUCUCAUGUGGUAAGAUCAAUCAAUUUAAUAUAUAAUGACGCGAAACAAUAUUUUGGUUUAAAUCGAGCUCGUGAUUGGUCUGAUAUUUCAUCUGAUCCAGAAGUACAAAAACGUUUACGUGACGCGUAUGGUACUGUUGAUCAAGUUGAAGCGUUUUCUGGGGGUCUUGCUGAAGAUCAUGUUCCUGGUUCAAAUCUUGGUCCUUUAUUUUAUCAUACUGCAGGGUUUACUGCUGCGGAAAUAGACACCAUUCACAAUACGACUUUGGCCAUGGUGAUUGCUAGAAACAUUCCAAGUACAUCUUCAAUACCAUCAAAUCUAUGGGUGGUUCAACCGAUUGUCGCUCCUAAUGCCACCGGUCCAAGUUCUUAUUCCCCAUUUAACAUUCUAAAAUUUUCCAACACAUAUCAAGUCCAAUGGAGAAUUGAUGGUUCUGACCUUUAUUUAUUGAUGACAAUGCAAAGUACAAAUGCCUGGUUUGGUAUUGGAUUCAAUUCAUUAGAUGGUGGCAUACCCACUGCUUAUCAGAAACCUCCUCGUGAUACAACUAGUACUUUUCUUACCGUCUUAAGCAAAAAUUCAACUAACGGGUACACUCAAGUAGAAGUAAAACGUCCCCUUAAUGCUCCUAAUCGACGACCAAUUACUAAUUCCGCAAUAACAAGAUCUAUGAGCGUUAACUUUUUUGCUGCAACAACUUAUGGUUCUAUUACUAACCAAGCCAGAGAAAUGCAGUUAAUUGGAACAGAUAUUACCAAUGACUUCUUUUUUGAUCCAAAUGUUCAAACAGUUAUCGCCAAAAAUUUUGAUAAAGAACACGAGUUAUUAUUAUCCAACGAUUUUAAUGAUGGCCCCCUAAACUAUUCAAACAUUCAAUUUAAAGAUAAGAAACCAAACUCUCGUACUCCAAAGUCUGUUGCAAGAUCAAUUGAUUUACUUAAUAGUGUUACGUUUAAAAAUACUCGUGUCGCAAUGCAUAGACAUUCUAAAUUUGCAACUGCUAAAUUGGCAACUAUGGUUGUUGCACGUAUUUCUGAUUAUGAUGAUGAAAAUGUUUCAAGGCCAGUUGUUGAUGGAAUAUUGCCAUAUUCAACAAUUAGCACACCAAAAAUUUCACCUGAAAUAUUUAGAAGAUAUAUUCUUACAAAUAUUGAAGAUGUUACUAGAUAUGAUGCUGAAAAUCCAGUAAAGAAAAUGACUUUUCAAGUCAUCCAUCCAUAUGAAAAAUUACCUGAAAUUUUACCUGGUGAUUACAUUGAAAUCAUGAGCUAUACAAAUAAAGCUACUGUUGUCAGGCCUUAUACGUUACUUAAAGGUCCUUCUGAUAAUACCUUUUCGAUCAUUGUUAAAAUAUAUAAAGAUGGUGUAAUGUCUCAACAUUUGGGUAAACAACUCAAAAACUUUGAGAUUGCAGUCAGAGGACCAUUUGAUAUAUCAGAACGAAUUGAACAAUCUAUAUCAUCCACUACUUCUGAUACAGGUUUACGACGUAGACUACGUGCAAGUCUUUUGAGCACAUCUGGUCGUAAGCUUUCAUAUGCAAAAUCAAAUGCAGCAUUUAGUGGAUAUGGCAGUGUUUCUAGUGAGGAUAAUGAUCAACCUGCACCUAGAAUUUUAUUAAAUCAUGCUAGGGAAGAUAAAUGUUGGGAUUACCUUUUCCUCGUUUGCGGUGGUACAGGCUAUGUAGGAACUAUCGAUGAUAAUUUAUUAUACAAUUGGAUUAGUACAAAUUAUAAUGUUCAACAACCUCCUGAAAUUCCAGAAAGACCAAAUUUUAUGCAAUUACAAUCACCUCAACCACUUAGUACACUUAUUACAAAUCCUGAAGAACUUUAUAAUGAUAAUUUUAAUCAAUCUGAUGAUCAUAUAGUUACAAUGUCUCCAACAUCUAUUGAUCAAGCUGAAAGUCCUUUAUCUAGGUCUCCAACCAGGUCACCUGACUUCAAAUCUUCUAUUUAUACUACAACAAAUGCAAUGGUAAUUCUUAAUGAAAGGCACGAAUAUAUGAAACUUUUGGCAAAUGAUAAUUCACGUCAAUUAAGAGUUAUGGUUUGUGGUCCUCCAGCUAUGAUGGAGAGUGUUAAAUUAUCUUUAAACAAGAUUGAAAUGAUAAAAAGACUUUCUAAUGAUAAAGCAUUCUAA